AUGUCUAUCCUAGCUUGUUGUGUUCAGGGAUUUGAAUGGGAUGGCACGCCAACGGGCCGAGUCGGAAAGCUUGCCAACAACCCAGCAUAUAUCAGUGGCGACAAUAAGGAUGCCGCAGUCCUCAUCGUGUCCGACAUACUAGGAUGGACGCUCCCUAAUACCCGACUGCUAGCGGACCACUAUGCCAGGGAGGCCAACGUGACGGUCUAUGUGCCGGACUUCUUCGCCGGCGAGGUCCUCCCCAUGGAGCCCAUCAACAAGGGUCGCUUCCACGAGGUGGACCUCGGAGGCUUCCUCACGCGCAACUCGCGGGAGAACCGAGAGCCCGAGAUAAUCGAGUGCGCGAGGGCCUUGAGGGCGCAGUACAAGAAGGUCGCCGCCGCAGGGUUCUGCUACGGGGGGUGGGCCUGCCUGCGACUUGGGGCCAAGGAACACCAGCCCGCGCUUGUAGACUGCAUUGUAAUCGGCCAACCAUCGCAUGUCGUGGAGAAGGACAUUGACGAGGUUGCGGUGCCUGUACAGAUCCUCGCUCCAGAGACUGAUAUGUUGUACACGGAUGACCUGAAACUGCACACGUUUGUGACGCUCCAGAAGACUGGCGUUCCGUUCGACUACCAUCACUUCCCCGGAGUUGAGCACGGCUGUCUCGUACGUGGCGACGAGACCAAGGAGGGUGAAAGGGAGGCUAUGGUCCGUGGGAAGACCGCGGCCAUUGGAUGGAUCAAGCAAUACCUCUUUGCAGACUAG